AUGUCUACCUCCACCUCUAUUCCAUCCAAGAUGAGAGCCGUACAAAUCAUGAAACAAGGCGGCUUGGACGUUUUAGAAGAUCGAGAAGCAGAAGUUCCAAAGCCAGGUCCAAAUGACGUUUUGCUCAAAGUAAACAAAGCAGGAGUUAACUUUAUUGAUACUUAUCAACGAUCUGGUUUGUACAAAAUUGAAAAAUUUCCUUAUACUUUAGGACAAGAAGCUGCUGGAAAGGUUGUUGCCGUUGGUGAUGCACAAAAAGGAAAAGGUUUAGAGGUGGGAGAUCGUGCGAUCACUUACUUUGGCGGAGGCUUUGCAGAGUAUGUCUCUGUUCCACGUGCAAGGAUCACCAAAUUGCCUGAUGCUGUCAACGAUACAGACGCUGUUGCUUCUUGCGUUCAAGGCUUGACAGCUUGGACUUUGGUUCGCGAAACGUAUCCAGUCAAAAAAGGUGAUUGGGUCUUGGUUCAUGCAGCUGCUGGCGGUGUAGGUUUGUUGUUAUGUCAAAUGGCAAAACAUCUAGGUGCACAUGUGAUCGGAACAACUUCCUCUGAGGAAAAAGCAGAAGAAGCAAAGAAAAAUGGUGCAGAACAUAUGAUCAAUUAUGCAAAAGAAAAUACAGUAGAACGUGUUCAUCAAAUCACAAAUGGCAACGGCGUUCAAGCAAUCUUUGAUGGUGUUGGAAAAGAUACAUGGGAAGAUGAUUUCAAAAUGAUCGCGCGUAAAGGUACAAUUGCCACAUUUGGAAACGCUUCUGGAGCCGUUGAACCUUUUGCACCUCUCAAGUUAGCUGCAAAGAAUGUCAAAGUCGCAAGACCAACACUUGUGAACUAUGUCUACACACAAGAAGAGUAUGAGAAAACAUACGCCGAAUUGUUUGAUUUGAUUGCAAAAGGGAUUGUGAAGUUCAAGAUUCAUGGUGAAUACGAUCUUUCCGCUCAAGGUAUUCGUCAAGCCCAAGAAGAUAUCACCAGCAGAAAGACGAGUGGGAAAUUGAUUGUCAAUGUAGCAUGA